AGGAUAGGAUAUUGGGGAGUUGGAAGCAGAAGAGAGGAUAAGAAAAAGGAACCAAAACAUGAACUCAACCUGGACAACACAUGCUAUGCUGUGUUGCUGCGCCAACAACACUGAACUCAAACUCAUUGUGUUGUGAGUUGUGAAAAUGGCGGUUGCACUAUCGAGUUGCACUUCCUUAUCCUCCGUGCUGUUCUCCACAGUUAAAUUCCGCUACUCACUCAGACACAGACCCAUCGUCGCCUCUUUCCAUUGCAAUAAUCACCCACUCCGAGUCUCCUCCUCCUCCUCCUCUUCUUCCUCCAAAUCCAAUCGAAAAAAGGAAGGUGCAGGGCACAAGAAGCAGUCAAAAGAUGAGAGACCUGCAAGAGGGAAUGUGCUCGAAUCCCAACCAACUUCUUCUAAACCUUUUGGCAUUCAGAGGAAAAAUAAGGACCUUAUCUUCGACUCCAAGGAUCAGCAGGUUGAACAGAGUAUUUUACAAGAUUCGGCUUUCCUUAAUGCAGUUGUGAAGGUAUACUGCACCCAUACUGCCCCAGAUUAUUCACUUCCUUGGCAAAAACAGAGACAAUACACUAGUACUGGAAGUGCAUUUAUGAUUGGAGAUAGGAAACUAUUAACGAAUGCACACUGUGUGGAACAUGAUACACAGGUCAAAGUCAAGAAAAGAGGGGAUGACUCAAAAUAUGUGGCUAAGGUUUUGGCAAGAGGUGUUGAUUGCGAUAUAGCUUUGCUUUCAGUAGAAAGUGAGGAGUUUUGGAGUGAUGUGGAACCUCUCAGAUUAGGACGUUUACCACAUCUUCAGGAUUCUGUAACUGUUGUGGGAUAUCCUCUUGGAGGAGACACAAUUUCAGUGACAAAGGGAGUUGUAUCUCGUAUAGAGGUCACAUCAUAUGCUCAUGGAUCGUCUGAUUUGUUGGGCAUUCAAAUUGAUGCAGCAAUAAAUCCUGGUAAUAGCGGAGGGCCAGCAUUCAAUGACCAAGGGGAGUGCAUUGGAGUAGCAUUUCAGGUCCUCAGAUCUGAAGAGGCUGAGAAUAUUGGAUAUGUGAUUCCUACAACUGUUGUAUCUCAUUUUUUGACCGAUUAUGAAAGGAAUGGCAGGUAUACUGGUUUCCCUUGCCUUGGAGUACUUAUACAGAAGCUAGAGAAUCCUGCACUACGUGCAUGGUUGAAAGUACAGUCUAAUGAGGGUGUAUUGGUACGUAGAGUUGAACCAACUUCUGAUGCAAAUAAUGUAUUAAAGGAGGGUGAUGUGAUUGUCAGCUUUGAUGAUGUUCGUGUUGGUAGUGAAGGAACAGUCCCAUUCAGAUCAAAUGAGCGAAUUGCCUUCCACUUCCUCAUUAGUCAAAAAUUUGCAGGUGAUACUGCAGAGCUUGGUAUCAUCAGAGCAGGGACAUUAAUGAAAACUAAAGUUGUUUUAAACUCACGAGUUCAUUUGGUUCCCUAUCACAUUGAUGGAGGUCUGCCUUCCUAUCUAAUAAUUGCUGGUUUAGUAUUCACACCCCUCUCAGAGCCAUUGAUUGAGGAAGAAUGUGAAGACUCUAUAGGGCUAAAAUUAUUGGCAAGGGCACGUUAUUCAUUGGCAAAGUUUAAAGGGGAGCAAAUUGUAAUUCUUUCACAGGUCUUGGCAAAUGAAGUCAACAUAGGUUAUGAAGAUAUGGGCAAUCAGCAGGUUGUAAAAUUCAAUGGAGCUCGAAUUAAAAACAUUCAUCACCUUGCACACCUCAUCGAUUCAUGCGAAGACAGGUAUCUGCGUUUUGAAUUUGAAGACAGCUAUGUAGCUGUUUUAGAGAAAGAAGCUGUUGCUGCUGCUUCACCCUCCGUACUGAGUGAUUACGGAAUCCCAUCUGAAAGAUCUUCUGAUCUUUCGAAACCUUAUGUCGAUACACUAGAAGUAGAAGGUGACCAACCAGCAGACCAGGAAUUUGGUGAUAGCCCAGUUUCAAAUUAUGAAUUUGGCCCUGAUGGACUACUCUGGGCAUAAGAAACUUGCAUCUGAAGAUAUCUGUGUGAAAUUUCUCAUGGCGGCAGCAUUUGUAGCAAGUGAUCACAAUUUUGGGCUGCAGAGAAAGUGCUGCAACAACAUGGGGCAACCUUGAUGUGAACACAUGAAUGGUUUUAUGCUACCAUGGGGGCAUGUUAGAAGCAACCUAUUUAACAGAAAGGCGUAGGACCAUAGGAAAGAGAGUUCGUGAUUAUUUUUUCCCAUGUAUGUUUUAUUCUUUCUUGUCACUCUUCUUGAUUUGAUAAACCCAAAUGAUGUCUUCUGGUUUGAUAUCUACAUUUUUCACGCGCAUUCUGUAUUUUUAAGGAAAUAGUGAACAUAAGAGUGACUUGUAUACGCCUUUGAUGCAAUCAAUGUAACAUUUUACAGUACAUUGAUUUUAAGUUUGUUCUGAUUGAAGUUAAAUGGCAUCAAUUUAACAUUUAUGAAGUUAA